GAUGCUGCUGAAAGAAGAGAAUGAAGUACUGAAUGAAAUGGAAGAGAAAACUCAGUAUGAGCAACAUCUUGAUUUCAUAGCUGGAGAAAAAUCUUUUAUUUGCUCACAGACUCAAAAGUCCAAAAAAAAGGUUUCUUCUCGAAAAAGAGCCCAAAUUACAGGAACUAGAAGUUAUUUCACCUGCCAAUUGUGUGGAAAAAGUUUCAAUAGAAAAGAAAGCUUUAAAGUCCACAUGAGAAUUCACACCGGAGAGAAGCCUUUCACCUGCCAACAGUGUGGAAAAAGUUUCACUCAAAAAGUAAGCCUUACAGUCCAUAUGGGAAUUCACACUAAAGCGAGCCCUUUCACCUGCAAACAGUGCGGAAAUAGUUUCACUCAGAAAGGAAGCCUUAAAGUCCACAUGCGAAUUCACACUGGAGAGAGCUCUUUCACCUGCCAACAGUGUGGAAAAUGUUUCAUUCGAAAAGGAGGCCUUAAAAGCCACAUGAGUGUUCACACUGGAGAGAAGCCUUACACCUGCAAACUAUGUGGAAAGAGUUUUACACAUAAAAAAUCUCUUAAUUCCCAUAUAAAAAUUCACACUGGAGAGAGCUCGUUCACUUGCAAACUGUGUGAGAGGAGCUUCUCGCGAAAAGAAAGUCUUAAGAAACACAUGAACAUUCACACUGGAGAGAAGCCGUAUGUAUGUUAUCAGUGUGGAAAAAAUUUCAGACAAAAACCAACUCUUAGUACCCACAUGAGAGGUCACACUGGAGAGAAGCCUUAUACCUGCAAUCUGUGUGGAAAGAGCUUCUCACAAAAAGGAAAUCUUACGAUUCACAUGAGAAUUCACACAGGAGAAAAGCCAUUUGUAUGUGUUCAGUGUGGCAAGAGUUACAGAAGUAAAGUAAACCUUAAUUGCCACAUGAAGAUUCACUCGUGAAAACUGUUCUAAAUGUCUUCAGUGUGGAAAGAGUUUCAGAUAAAGGUAACACCUCACACCAGAGAGAAAGCUUUCAGCUGCCCUCAGUGUGGAAAGAGUUUCACACUUGCUCCUCGUGGCUGCCGGCUUCACCCGGCCUCCUGGCUCUGCCCC